CUCAACCAGGAAUCCAUACCAACAUGAGUGAAAAGCAAAACCGCAAAGUCUCUCUGAUCAGUUCGCUGCAAAUACUUGGAAGGAAUACUUUUGGGACCCGUCAUAAUCGCCAGUUAUGUGAAGAAGAAAACACCAGCAAAUCGGCUGACUGGAAUAACAACCACAAGGCUGGUCGUAUUUUCUCACUUGGUCCGCCAUUUCAGAGCACUGGAAGACAACCCCCACCAUUUGGUGGAUUUCUUUCAUUCCAGGGAAAGAAAGCAACCCACCCUUACCGCCAUGUUUCACUGCCAGUAUCUGUUCAAGGAUACUCUUUGGGAGUGUCUGGCAUAGAUGGUGGAAUCAAGAGCAAGGAAGCCCUCGAGGAGAAAACCAAGAUGCGAAUUCGACGCCUGAACCCUAAAUUGCAGCAGUCCGCUUCAAAUGCAGAAGCCUUGAAAAGUCCUACUUAUCUUCCGGCACAGACGUCGAAGGGUUCUUCAAAGCCAGCAUACUCGAGAAUCCCGACCCCAAGUAAGCCACCAGGUGGUGAGAUUUAUUCGCAUGCAGUAUAUCAAAAAGAAGGAAGAAGAAGUGUUCUUUCAUCUUUGGGCAAACGACACACAAGCUUGAGGAAGAACGUUGAAAAGAGCAAUGGCCCGGAUAAAGGAAAGGCAGAACAAAUGCAUCUGGUGCAACCAAGUGGGAAAUAUUCAGACACUAGAAACCACGGAAACCAGUAUGGUUGGGAGACAGCUCCAAUACGUACUCCGUCCCAAGGACAAGGCAUCGACGAGAAUUUCCCCAGUAUACCAAUUCCAAAGAAUACCGCCGCAAGAAUGCCACAAAGAAGAUCACACACCAUGAUACCUUUACCAGUAUCAGGAUCAACCCCCUGUUUCAGUGCUGUUGAAUCCAACCGUCAAUGCCAGUUUUUGUCCCGAAAUACUGUGGAUCGAACUUCAAAACAGACAAUGACAAGCUUCCCUGUACAACAAGUGAAACUGCCGCUUGGAGAAAGACCCUUAGAGAAGCACACCGUCGAUUAUAAUGGCAGUGUAGUGAGGAAUCCGCUUCCAGGUCAUGCAAAGAAGCUGCCGUUUAGGAAAGUGCGAACUAGAAGCAACAGUCUUCACCAACAACCAUUUCCUUACGGCCAGUUGACGGAGGCCCAGUCUUGCACAAACAAAGAAAACAUAGCGUUCCAACCAGGCGGCGAAAUGAAUUCAAACAGGAACCGGUGGUCGAAUUAUUCCGAGAACCUGAGAAACAUCGAAAAGGCAAGACUAGGCAUACACGCUGUUGAACCCGAAGAACCGGUUGAACGCCAUAUUCCCAGUGAAUUCGAAAGAGGUAGACAGAAGGAUCAGGCUGAGAGAAUGGUACCAAGAGCCAGCUCUGCCUCUACUAGAAUUCUCUGUGCCAGGCAAAAGCUGACCACGCACCCCGGUGGCACCUGCCAGGUAUCCGAAUCGCAGCCUCGGCAAUACUGGCUUGGUCGGUUCAUGACCUUAACCAAUGCCUUCCAUUACGAAGACUCCUUCAACGAGCCAGAUAUCUCCACCGGCUUCGGCAUGCUGUCCAGUUACUCUCGUCCGUUGAAACAACCAGAUACAGACCUGUCGAGCUAUCAUAUCAAACGGGCAUUUAUGGUGCUAGAGAAUGUUUGCACCACGGAGCAGGCUAGCGCGAGUCUUCGUAAUUUCCGAGAGGAGUAUAUUGCUCUGCAUGGGAGUCGUUGGAUGAAAUAGUUCAUAUGGCCUGGCGGAAAGCCGGGGGUGCUUAGUUUUCCGUCAGAUUGACUGGAACGGUAUGUCCUGGGAAUGGGGUAAAUCACAACAUGGAUUGGUGGGAGGCGUUUUGGGUCUAUGCAUUAUCAAUUUUCUCUUCAUCAUGCUCAAGGUGUUGUGGGGUUUCAUAAGAUUUAUUUCUAGAUGGGAGAUUCUUCGAGAUGAAAGGUAGAUGAAUAUGAAUAGAUUUCCCAUAUUGUAAAUGUGAGAGAAAAUACAAUUCCUUCAAUUGCGCCAAUUU